CAACUCCAGAGUAAAGGAAAUGUUUUAACUAUUUAAUCAAGCGAUCAUAAUGAGCGAAAAAGGUUGCUGUGAUUCAGUAGGUCAGUGUUUUUUCGACUACUACACGUCAAAACUAUUGGUGAUAAGGAGCAAGAAAGUGGGAACGCUGAAUCGGUUCACUCAAGCUUUAGUCAUAGCAUAUGUCAUCGGGUAUGUGUGUGUUCUCAAGAAAGGCUACCAGGACACGGACACCGUCCUCAGCUCGGUCACGACCAAAGUGAAAGGCAUUGCUCUAACAAACACCACUGAAUUGGGCGAACGGAUCUGGGAUGUGGCUGACUACAUCAUCCCACCUCAGGAGGAUGGCUCAUUCUUUGUGCUGACCAACAUGAUUAUUACCCCUAACCAAACACAGUCCAAAUGUGCAGAGAAUCCAGAUCCAGCAUCCAUAUGCACCUCUCACAGGGACUGCAAGAGAGGCUUCAAUGACGCUCGUGGGGAUGGUGUUCGAACAGGCAGAUGUGUCAAUUACAAUGACACAGUGAAGACUUGUGAGGUGCUGUCCUGGUGUCCUUUAGAGAAGAUUGUUGACCCCCCAAAUCCACCACUUCUGGCAGAUGCUGAAAACUUCACUGUGCUCGUCAAGAAUAAUAUUCGAUAUCCCAAAUUUAACUUCAACAAAAGGAAUAUCCUACCAAAUAUAAAUGGCUCCUACUUGACACAGUGUGUGUUCAGCCGUAAAACAGACCCUGACUGCCCAAUCUUCAGACUCAAAGACAUCGUCGGAGAAGCUGAUGAGGAUUUUCAGACCAUGGCUGUCCAUGGGGGCGUGAUGGGAGUUCAGAUCCGGUGGGAUUGUGACCUUGAUGUGCCACAUAGCUGGUGUGUUCCUCGCUACACUUUCCGCAGACUAGACAACAAAGACCCAGAAAACACUGUGGCACCAGGUUACAACUUCCGAUUUGCUAAAUAUUACAAGAACAAUGAUGGCAAAGAGUCCAGGACACUUAUCAAGGGAUAUGGUAUUCGCUUUGAUGUCAUGGUAUUUGGCCAGGCAGGAAAAUUCAAUAUUGUACCAACACUUCUAAAUAUAGGUGCAGGCUUGGCCCUUCUAGGCCUUGUGAACGUUAUAUGUGAUUGGAUCGUCCUGACAUGUAUGAGAAGAAAGCAUCAUUACAGAGAGCAGAAGUAUACAUAUGUUGAUGACUUUGGACUUUUAUCAAAUGAAGAAACAUAGAAGAUCUUCAGGCUACUGAUUCUACACCAAUUCUAUGCAAGUUUCAUCAUGAAGUGAAUGUAUUUGCUCGGGUUCUAAAUGUUAUUCUUAAUGGACAAUCAGGGAAUUUCUGUGAAUAAAAAAUAAAAAU